CCCGGUGCCCAGCUCUCCACCUCGCUCAUUUGCCACAAUGAUGCUGCUCAGCCUGACCCUCAGCCUUGUCCUCCUUGGCUCCUCCUGGGGCUGCGGCGUUCCUGCCAUCAAGCCGGCAGUGAACUUCAACCAGAGGAUUGUCAAUGGCGAGAACGCAGUGCCCGGCUCUUGGCCCUGGCAGGUGUCUCUGCAGGACAACACUGGCUUCCACUUCUGUGGGGGCUCCCUCAUCAGCCCCAACUGGGUGGUGACUGCUGCCCACUGCAAUGUCGUCCCUGGCCGCCACAUCGUGGUCCUGGGUGAGUACGACCGAUCUUCCAACGCCGAGCCAGUGCAGAGAGUGUCCAUCGCCCGGGCUGUCACUCACCCCGGCUGGAACCCCAACACCAUGAACAACGACCUGACUCUCCUGAAGCUCGCCACUCCCGCCCGCUACACUGCCCAGGUCUCCCCCGUCUGCCUGGCCGCCCCCAAUGAUGUGCUGCCCUCUGGCCUGACCUGCGUCACCACCGGCUGGGGCCGUACCAGCGGUGUCGGCAACGUGACCCCCGCUCGCCUGCAGCAGGUGACCGUGCCCCUGGUCACCGUGAACCAGUGCCGCCAGUACUGGGGUUCCAAGAUCACCGAUGCCAUGAUCUGUGCCGGUGGCGCCGGUGCCUCCUCCUGCCAGGGUGACUCUGGUGGCCCUCUUGUCUGCCUGAGAGGAAAUGCCUGGGUGCUCACUGGCGUCGUCUCCUGGGGUACCGGCAACUGCAACGUGAACACCCCCGCCAUGUACACCCGUGUCAGCAAGUUCAGCAGCUGGAUCAACCAGGUCAUCUCCUACAACUAAGACUGCCAC